AUGGGCAGGAGCAAGGUCCUUGCCCGCGCAUGGCUGGGCUGCCCCGGGCUGCUGGGCUGCUUCUUACUGGGCUUUCUGGCGGGAUGGUUUACAAAGCAGACGGAAAAAAACCCCAGCUCUUCAGAUGCCUAUCAAAACGUGCGGCAGAAAUUUGUGGCUGAAAUGAAAGUAGAAAACAUCCGACACUAUCUUCGCUCCUUUACCAAGUUGCCUCACCUCGCAGGAACUGAACAGAAUCUUCUUCUUGCCAAAGAAAUUCAAGGCCAGUGGAAGGAAUUUGGACUGGAUUCAGCAGAACUCGUUCAUUAUGAUGUGCUUCUUUCAUACCCAAAUGAAACACAGCCAAACUACAUCUCAGUAAUUGAUGAUAAAGGGAAUGAGAUUUUCAAUACAUCAUUGUUUGAACCCCCUCCACAGGGAUAUGAAAAUGUUACUGAUAUACUUCCACCAUAUAAUGCUUUUUCGGCGCAAGGAGUGCCAGAGGGAGAGCUGGUAUAUGUGAAUUAUGGCCGUACUGAAGAUUUUUUUAAGCUGGAGCGUGAAAUGGGAAUUAACUGUACGGGGAGGAUUGUCAUUGCCAGAUAUGGGAAGAUCUUCAGGGGAAAUAAAGUAAAAAAUGCCAUAUUAGCAGGAGCCCAAGGAAUCAUACUUUAUUCAGACCCUGCUGACUACUGUGCCCCAGGAGUAGAUCCCUAUCCAAAUGGCUGGAACCUUCCAGGUGGAGGAGCUCAGCGUGGGAAUGUGUUAAACCUGAACGGAGCUGGGGACCCCUUGACACCAGGUUAUCCUGCAAAAAAGUACGCUUUCAGGUAUCAAGUCAAUGAAGGUGUGGGGAUUCCCAAAAUCCCAGUUCAUCCCAUUGGAUAUCAUGAUGCAGAAGUGUUGUUACGUGCAAUGGGAGGACCUGCAGCUCCAGACAGCAGCUGGAAGGGAAGUCUUAAUGUGUCUUAUAACAUAGGGCCAGGAUUUGCAGACAACUCUUCUACAAGAAAAGUGAGAAUGCAUGUUCAUACAAACAAUAAAAUAACACGAAUUUACAAUGUCAUUGGCAUCCUCAGAGGAGCUGUGGAACCAGACAGAUAUAUUAUUUUAGGAGGUCACAGAGACUCUUGGGUGUUUGGCGGUAUCGAUCCAACUACAGGUGCAGCUGUUCUGCAAGAGGUUGUACGGAGUUUUGGUAAAAUGAAGAUGGAAGGUUGGAGACCUAAGCGAACUAUUAUUUUUGCUAGCUGGGAUGCAGAAGAAUUUGGAUUACUGGGUUCCACAGAAUGGGCUGAGGAAAAUGCCAGAGUCCUCCAGGCACGGGCAGUUGCUUACAUCAACACAGAUUCUUCUAUAGAAGGUAACUACACAUUAAGAGUUGACUGCACCCCUCUUCUCUACAAACUCGUGUAUAACCUGACAAAAGAGGUACAGAAUCAGAGUGUUUAUUUUUUGUGGCUUUCUAAGAAUAUGAAACUGAAAGUUUACUGA